CACGCGCAUUGAUCCACUUCCUUUUUGCGUGAUCUUUUGUUUUUUGAAAUUUGUAGAAUUCUAUGGAUUUUAACAGAUAAAAGAAGGAUUGAAUAAAAGAAUAAAGGCUGGCACCAAGAUGUCGAGCCAAAAUCGAGAAACAAAGUACCCAGGUAUUACUAGCCCUCUGUCCCUGGCAGAACCAAAAGAAUUUGACCUGCAGCUCACAGAGAAACUCGUAGAGACAUUAAAACCUUUCAAUGUUUUUGAGAGUGAGGCCGAGCUUGCACAUCGGAUGAAUGUAUUGAGUAAGAUCAACACGUUGGUCAAACAGUGGAUCAAGGACGUUUGUUAUAAAAAGAAUAUGCCAGCAACCAUAGCAGAAUCAGUAGGAGGCAAGGUGUUCACAUUUGGCUCAUACAGGCUAGGGGUACAUACAAAAGGAGCUGAUAUAGAUACCCUAUGUGUCGCCCCCAGGAAUGUUGACCGAAGUGACUUCUUUACAACAUUCUAUGAACUCUUGAAACAGCAAAAGGAGACCAAGGAUCUUAGGGCAGUUGAAGAAGCUUAUGUUCCAGUAAUAAAGAUGGAGUUUGACGGCAUUGAGUUGGAUAUGUUGUUUGCUAGACUUGCCCUCCAAGUUGUACCAGAGAACCAAGAGCUCUCCACACAAUCUAUACUGAAGAAUCUGGACCAGAAAUGUGUACGCAGUCUCAAUGGAUGCAGGGUAACAGAUGAAAUCCUAAGGAUGGUUCCUAACAUAGACAACUUCAGAAUGACACUUAGGGCAAUCAAACUAUGGGCUAAAAAAAAAGGUAUAUAUUCAAAUGCGCUAGGUUUCCUUGGAGGUGUAUCAUGGGCCAUGUUGGUAGCUCGUGUAUGCCAACUCUAUCCUAAUGCAGCUCCUAGCACUUUACUCAACAAGUUCUUCUUAGUUUAUACAAAAUGGGACUGGCCUAACCCUGUGUUGUUGAAGCAACCUGAAGAAGGCAAGCUUGGCUUCCCAGAGUGGGACCCUAGGAUCAACCCUGCAGACAGGUACCACCUUAUGCCAAUCAUAACUCCAGCCUACCCUCAACAAAACUCCACAUUCAAUGUGACCCUCUCUACUCGUACAAUCAUGAUGGAUGAGCUGCAAGCAGGUUUAGACACAACUAAUGCAAUCCUAGAAGGAAAAGAGGAAUGGGUGAAACUAUUUGAAGAUUCCAAUUUCUUUCAAAAAUACAAACAUUAUAUAGUUGUAAUAGUGAAGAGUGGUACAGAGGAGCAUCAUUUAGAGUGGAGUGGCCUGGUGGAGUCAAAGCUGCGUAUCUUAGUGGGAAACCUGGAGCGCAAUUCUUACAUACAAUUAGCCCAUAUUAAACCUACCUCUUAUGGAAAAAUAGACAGCGAUAAGGACAACCAUAUAACAAAGUGGUUUGUAGGUUUACUCUUCAACAAAACCAACAAUAUGAACUUAGAUCUAACAUAUGAUAUCCAGUCCUUCUCAGACACUGUGUACAGGCAAGCUAUCAACAUCAAAAUGUAUGAGGAAGAUAUGAAAAUUGAGAUUAAACAUGUAAAAAGGAAAGAACUAGAUGCCUACCUACCACAGAGUGUUUUGAAAAAGCAGAACAUAAAAACCUCAAAGAAAAGCAUAGAGACUAUCAAAUUAUCUGACUCACCUAUAGUGACCACCACUCUCCAGACAACAGUAGAUCUAACAAAUGAUACCCCAAGUAGUGUUCCUGUAGACAUUAGUGGUACAGAAUCCAUGGAAGAGUCCCAGAGGUCCAAACCCAGUGAAAGUGAGAGUGUUAAUAGUGACAUCAGUGUUGUGUCUAUGAAAGAGGAGGCCAAUGAUCCUAAUGUUAAUGGAGAAACUAAAGCUAGUGCAAUCCCACAGACUGAUGUGCUACUUGUGCCAAAGAGACCUCAUUCCCCUUCAGUACAUCACCAUGGAACACCACCAAAGUUUCCCAGAAUCAAUGAUGAAGAAGAGGGCUCCAGUUCUCCCAUGCAGAUUGAAGACAGUAUGGGACAUAAACUUCCAAUAUCUCCAACAGGGCCAACUACUGAGAGAUUUUCUCCAAUAGCUGAGGAGUCUGGUCCAGUUCAAGCCCCAGCCAAUAUAAGCACAGAGAAAACCGUUAUAAAAUCACAAGUGGAAUUGAAAUGAAGGAUUGAAGCAGAGCAAAGGGAUUGGUGUGAAUAUGAUGACUAACCUAGCAAUGUGCUGGUUUAUGUCAGUAAAAAAA